GGUGCCGCUCUGAGACAGGCAAGAGCGAGACAGCUAAUGAUAGCUCGUAGUGCGGGUGACUAUUGAGAAUCCAACGCAGAACACAAUCACUUUAUAAUCAAAAUUCCAAAUUUUGAAAUGGGAAAUUCAGAGAAAAUGCAAAGAAAAUGGUUUACGCUCUCGCUGACCGGCUCGCUGGGCAUGGUGCACACUUUUGUGCGAAAAUAUACAGACCAAUCGGAGCGUGGAGGUGUGCUCAUUGGCAAUAGGAAAGAGUCGAAGGCGAUUCGGCCACAUGCCUCCUUAAUCUCGAACAGCAGUCGCAAUAGCAGCGAAGGCAGCAGUCGCAGGCAAACGAAGAGGAGCAGCAGCUCCAAAAUUGUCGAAGGUAGAACCGAAUGCAAUAGUGAAAAGUGCGACCAGAAGCAGAGCUUUGUAGAUGACUCUCCCCGCAUGCGGGAGUUCUUCAAAGAAGUGCGAGAGCGGGAACUAAAGGAGUACUACCUCCGAAUGAGGGCUGCCCAAAGGUUGCCAGCAUCCCCGUGCAGUAUGUGUCCGAAUUGUGGGUUUGAAACUUAUAGCGGAGCUGGACCGAAGGUGGUGAGAGCUCUUCCGGAGCAUAUGCAAUCGAGAAACCUUGAGUAUGUCGGAAGCAGCUCCCUUGAAAUCCACCAACCAGCUCUACAGCCGUGACUUUGCUGUCAGCUGUCCUUUGGAGUGUUUGCUCAUUCGGACUCUGUCAGUGUCAGCACACAAUCCAAAUCCCCU